CACAGGGGGCAGAGGCGAGCUGCCGUGUGGGGCUGGGAGGGGACGCGUGCAGACAUCCUGCUUUGCGCCAGUUAAAGGGAAAGCCAGCGCGAGGGAGGCGGCUGCUGCUUCCUCAUCCCGGGUAGAGGCGGAGGCGGAGCAGCGGCUCGCGGGGAGCCCGCUCCAUUUGCAGUGGCUGUUGCAGUUUCAGGGUAACUGCACCUCUACCCCUCCACCUCGAGGUUCACUCCAGAAGUGCCUCGUCAGAUCUCCAGUCAUCACCUGUCUCUGGGAGAACCACUCGCCAGGACGGAGAGGCAGUGACUGAGGGGAGGAAAAAAAAAAGGGGGGGACAUUCAGGAGGAGCAAAUCGAUUUUUGAACAGGAUCUCGUCUGAAUUAAAUGGCUGAUAAACAGAUCAGUUUAACUGCCAAGCUGAUCAAUGGAGGGAUAGCUGGGCUGAUUGGAGUCACUUGUGUAUUUCCCAUUGACUUGGCGAAAACUCGCCUGCAGAACCAGCAAAAUGGCCAGCGGAUGUACACCAGCAUGUCUGACUGCCUUAUUAAGACAAUCCGGUCGGAAGGUUACUUUGGCAUGUACAGAGGGGCUGCGGUGAACCUGACUCUAGUGACACCAGAAAAGGCCAUCAAGCUAGCGGCCAACGACUUCUUCCGGUAUCAUCUCUCCAAAGAUGGGAAGAAGCUGACGCUGCUGAGGGAGAUGCUGGCCGGCUGCGGGGCAGGCACCUGCCAGGUGAUUGUCACCACUCCCAUGGAGAUGCUCAAAAUCCAGCUGCAGGAUGCAGGCCGAAUUGUGGCCCAGAAGAAGCUAAUGGCAGCACAAGCCCGGCUGUCCUCCACCACCAGUGCUGGGGCAGCUGAGUCGGUAGUGGAGACGCGGACCACGGCGACGCAAAUCACCAGGGAACUACUUCGGAGCAAAGGCAUCGCGGGGCUUUACAAGGGCCUUGGGGCCACGCUGCUAAGAGAUGUCCCGUUUUCCAUUGUUUACUUCCCAUUGUUUGCGAACCUGAACAAGCUGGGCCAGAAGAGCCCUGACGUCAAGGCCCCAUUCUACGUGUCCUUCCUAUCCGGGUGCCUGGCGGGCAGCACGGCAGCAGUGGCUGUCAAUCCGUGUGAUGUAAUCAAGACAAGGCUGCAGUCCUUGAAAAGGGGAGUGAAUGAGGACACAUACUCAGGAAUCCUAGACUGCACCAGGAAAAUCUGGCAGAAGGAAGGGCCCCUGGCCUUCCUGAAGGGGGCGUACUGCAGAGCCUUGGUCAUCGCCCCGCUCUUCGGCAUCGCGCAAGUCGUCUAUUUCAUAGGCAUCGCGGAGUUCCUCCUAGACAUGCUUCCGAAGCGCCGGGAUUAACCUUUGCACGCACUCGCUGCUGCUGGUCAGAAUUCUUCCAGCGUUGGUUGUCGUUGUCAAUGGUGUCAGAGCAACAGCACAAAGGGUUAAAGCAGCAACCUUGAGGGUGAAGGUCGUCUUCAAACAAUAAAUUCCUUCCGCCUCUCGAUACGUCCCCAUCUCAUCCGGCCCUCCAGGACAAUACUUAAUUAUGCAUAUCUAUUAUUUUUAAUUGUCAUUCUUAAAGACACUGGUUAGCACAGACUGGGCUCACAGACCCCAGACCUUCUCCCAGCAAUGGGAGGGGAAGAAACCGCCCACAGCCUCUGAAUUACCAGGUAGUCAAGAAAGGCGCAAAAGAACCAAACUCUCUGUUCCCCCAGUCCCUCUUCUGGUGUGCCAAGCUUCUGGGAAGACAAGGCCUCAGCACACCUUCUAAAGGGGGACCCAUAUUAUCAAUAGAGGAGGCAGGUAGAUUCCAGAAUCAAAAAGUUUUUGUAAGGACUUGUCCUGAAACCCCCCUAAAAUCAGCUGGACUUGGAUGAACUUCUUGGAGAUCAGAGGAGGAGAAAGGGUUUUUUUUGUUUUUGUUUUUUGUUGUUUUUUUUAAUCAAAGGGACUUCCCUACUAAAUAGGGGCUUUGGGGCCUGUGUGGGGGGAGAUGUACACUGCACGUACUUGCAAUGCGUCUGCUCUGUAAAAGUAUGUCCGUGGGAUCGUGUGAAUGUCUUCAGGUGCAGCUGUGUUUAGCUACGAGCUACAGGCAGGAGAGGGGAGAAUUUAAUGACAUGGGAUCAACUUUUUAUUUAUGCAGGAAAAACAAAUCCAAUUACAUUCCUUAAAUCAGCCCAGCUCUGAUGUGUCAAGCAGUUGCUCUACCCAGAGUACUGGUUGUGUGUCUCUUUUGACCCAUCUCUAAGAUGUGUUUCUCUCCUUUCCUGUGGGUGUUUGCACUUGCAAAGGGUCACUUAAAAAGAGGUCUCAGAGUCAGGCUUUUUGGUUAAAGAUCAGGAAAGGCCACAUCCUCAGGUGGUAUAAAUGGUUGUAGAUCCUUUGAAGUCCGUGAGCUCUAUUGAAAUCAGUGGGACUAUGAUAGUUUACACCAACUGAGUAUCUGGCUCAAUUUACUUGGGGAUUGGGUUGCCAACUUCUUUAUCCAGACCAAAAUUGGGAUGUGGAAAAGAAAUGAGGCCAGGGCAUCUGUUUUAUUUCCACAGGGACCUAAUUCCAUACGACUUACCUCUCAAAGGCCAGGUGUGGUUUUGCUAUGAUGUUUUCUCUGAAGUACAUAUAGAGAGGCAGUAUGACUCCAAUCGGAUCCACACCAGCAGAAAAGCCUGCCUGUGUGUGUUCAGUUGUGCGAUUGAGGACGAUAGCCAGACUUCCUGCUCACUCUGGGGAGGUGGUCAUUGACUGGAUAACAGGAUGGCAACCCUAGACACGUACGAAUUCAGUUAAAGGGACACUAAUUUUUUUAAAAACCCAAACCUUUUCUUUAUCUAUCUUCACAAUCUCACUUUGAAUUGUCACAAGAGAAAGAACUGAAAAUCUGGUGUGCUUUAUUAUUGAACUUCAUUCCAUUUCAACAUGUAAACUAAACUGGUCAGUUUCACUUUUUGUUUAUAGUCAGCUUCACUUUCUGCUUCCCCAUCACUAGCAUCAUGGUGGUGAUUGUUUCCGACACAACAGAUGAAGAAUAACUUUAAAAAAACAGUUUCCACUUGAUAUCUGUGUAUUUCAACCCUCUUUAUUUAGGUUUUGUAAAACUUUCUUUGUAAAACCUAAAUUGGAGGCCAGUUGUCCUAAUCAUGCACCUUUAACGUAGAGGAGGUUGUUACACAGCUAAGUUCUCACUUUUGCCUAUGUGAAACAUAAAAAAUGACUUUAUCCUACACAGAUGGGAAUCUGCAUAGAUGAUCUCUCCAUUCAUAACAAUCUUUUGUGAUCAGUACUAUGACGCUUGUGUCACUCUGGAUUUUUCUGAGUUGCCCUUAAAGAAAAGUUUGGGGUUUUUUUUCCCAUAAGGUGACUCUUCUCCUGCUUUAUGAUGUAUUAUGAAGGCCUGAAAGGUGAACAGCUCUUUUAAGGAUUUUUUUUUGUUUGUUUUCUGCUUGGUUUUUACGUGCGUGGUUCAGAUCCUCACCUAGGCUGGAAGAUGGUCGGAGAGCUAGUGAAAUGGUGAUGUCCCACGAGAGUGAAAGUUCAACAGUUGAUAGGGGAAGGAUUUCUAGUCACUAUAUUUCAAACGUUUUUCUUUGUGUUAACGCCUAUUUAAUGUUAACGACUAACUUACAUUUUGGAGGAAGGAAGAUUUUGUUUAACCCCGUCAGUUAUGGUAUGAGAGCUCAGACUAAAUAUCCCACGAGCCUCCCAGACGUCAUCCAGCAAGACCCGGGAAAUCCAAGAACUGACGUGCCUGAUAUUUAAAAGGUAAAGAGCAAGUGUCCAUCUCCUCCUCUUUAAAAAUAGGCCUUCUCUAUACGUCAUAAAGAAUCCAGAAGGAACACCAGCCUGAUUUUUUGAACAGUCCUUUGCAGCUUACUUUGGUCUUUGCAUUUCUUGGCAAAAUUUUAAUGUUCAAAUGGUAGACACCCCACCCAUCCCCCCAGCCAAUAUAUUAUUGUGUAUGAGACUUACAGUUUGGGGGUAAAAACACAUUGCCAGUAAAUGUGUCAGAAUGAAAUGAAGAGCUCAGUGGCAAAUACAGGUUUGAAGCAGCCUCUCCCCCUAAAAUAUGCUGCUCUUACUAUGGAUAUCUGUGCUUCCAGCUGUCUGCUUUGGUCCCAUUUGGUUUCACACUGUGAUGUGGACCAGCAAUGUUGUUGCCAUGGUUAUUGGGCAUGGAAAAGGGCCUGGAAAAUGCUGCUUUAUGGCCUCAGACAAAGAUCCAUGGAAAAUAUCCCUCCCUUUCUCCCAUCUCCCCCCAGUUUUUAUUUUUAAAUUUCAGCAGAAUGAUUGCGCAUAGUGAGCCCUGUGCAGUGUGUCAGCGCGGGGCCUUUGUGAGCUGAAGGUCUUGGUGCUGAUGAACUCACGCUGCUCCAGCCUAGUGAAGAGUCCUCUUUAGUGCCAAGAGACUUAAAGACUGACCUGUAAAAUUCUGAAGUCAGGAGCAAUUGCAUCUGCCUGAGAUCUGGAAUUUCAAAGGGGGGGCCCCUGGCAUUGCUGCAGUAACCGACUCUAGCUGGUGGCCCUGCAACCCAUCAAGUCAGAAAGUCUUAAAUUAGCAUUUAAUAACCCCUCCCCCCCUUUCCAGGGCUAAGCCCUGUCCCUUCCUGGCAGGACUGCCUGGUGCCACCCACGAAAGCUGCAGGUGCCUCCUUUUGUUCUGAUCAUUCCAGUCAUGGAAGGGAGCUGUCAGCGUUAGUAUUGGCAGCUGUAGCCCGUUGAUUAAAGUGGAAUCAGCUGCACUGGUGUAGAUUGUGUGUAUGCUAAGGCUUGGCACCAGAGGUUAAUAUUCCUGUGUGGACAAGGCCUUAGUGCAGCUCUAGAGACCAAACUGUAGAUGUUUCCAUUUAACAGAAGCAUGACUCCCUGUUAGUUCUGUACACCCUGCCCCACCCCCUUCACGCUGGGCAUUGCCAGCAGGGCCAGCACUUCCCUGCAGGUGGUGGUGCUAGGGCCAUUGGGGAACUGCGGUACUCAAUGACUAGCUAACACCCUUUGGUCACCUUGCCAAGUCCAAGUGCAGAACCCACCCCAGUUAAGGGCCUGAGCCUGGAUUAUUAGCAGGCAGGAGUGCAGCUCACGUUUCUGCAAAGCUUUGCCUAAAGGAGGAGAGCAGGAUCCAAGGUAAAGAGAGUUUGAGGUGAGUCCUGUGUCUUGAUUCCAGUGGCAGAUUGAGUACCACCCUGUGACCCAGCAGUGGGGCAGGGAGCUUGCAGGCCCACAUUUCACGGGGUUUUCAGAACAUGCCCAAACCCUCUGGAAGCUGGGAACAUUGGGUUGAUCCCCAAAUCCCCUUUUCACAGCUUCAUGAACCCAGCAAAGCAUGUGUCUGGCACCAUCAUUGUACCGGUGCGUGAGCGCUACAGCUUUUCAGCAGUGUGUUCUGCCUGUUGGGGAUGGAGAGGCCUGGGGCAGGGCCUGAGACUGGUAUAGGGGAGGGAAGACUCUUUAAAAUGUAUUUAAUGCUGUAUGUUAAAAGUGUGUCACUUUCCUGUUUCCCUGGAGCUCAUCUCUGGUCACUCCAGCAGUGGAGGCCUGGAAUGCAGAUAAUGUGUUUUGGUUUUUUUUUUUUUUUUUUUCCUCUGCGUGGGAAAGAGAUCUAUUUCCCAUGAUCCCCUGAUUUUAUUUCCUGAUCAUCCUGCUGGCGACUGCUGUUCUGGUUGGGAACUUGAUUUGAGGUUGCAACACUGGCUGGCUCAGGGGCUUAAACAGAAGCACGCUACUGCGUUGUCGCUGAAUGCUCCUAAAAGGAUUACCUGUUGCAAGAGGGAGAUCAGUGUCUGUGAUGAUUAGACCUAAAAAUGGAUUCCCUGGAACAACCUCUUGAAGAUUCCAAGGGUGUUUUUAAACCUUGGAUACUGGUGUUUCUGUAGAAUAUGCUUGUGUGUGUGCAUAGAAUGCCCAGCCUGUUGGUUUUGUAGGAUGUGCCUGCUGUUGUCCCUUUCUGAUAUGAUCUGCAUCUGCAGGUUUGUGUGGGAUGCCCAUGAGUCCUCUUUAGUUUUGUUUCUUUCCAUCUCAGAAACAGGAAGGCUUAAAUUUUCAGAAGUGGCCUCUGAUUUUGGCUGUGCCCAACCUCAGGUGCUUUGGGCCUGAGUUUUUUCGGAAGAGCUGAGCACCCCAAGUUCUAAUUGAAGUGAGUAGUGUUUGGUGCCUCUGGAAAUCUGGCUCAUGACAUCUCAAAGUAGGCACCUAAAAUCAGGCUACUUUUGGAAAUGUUGGUCCUAAGUUUAUAACUAAUAGACAUGGCUGGGAUCCUGACAGCCAAGACUUUAGCUUGGGACCCCAUCAACAAAAGCCAGUGUUUAGACCUAGCAGUUUUGAGUAUUUCCCUUGCAGAGGUCUGAGUAGCUAAGAGGUGGUGGAGAAAACAUAGACACAGAAAUAUUGUAGUCUCUCAAAAUGCAGACUUAUCCGGACAGAGCUAUGAUGAGCAUCCUGCAGGCUAAGCUGACUGGUAAUUGCGAUGCUCCUAGGAGAUCUAACACUGUCCUCGGCAUUUGGUGUUCCUGUAGUCAGCAGGAAAAGGGUCUCCAUGGUAGGGGAAGAUGAAAAGCAUGAUGUAUGGACCAGUUCUAGUGAUCAGCAAGAACUUAAGUUUUGAGGUAGUGCUUUGACUUGGAUUUCUGCUCCCUUUAACUGCUUUGUUGUGGCCCAUGAUCGAGCGUGCCUGUGGCUUUUCCAAAUAGCUUUUGGGAGCGCUAGUUGCUGAUCACCUAGCUGUGUGUGCAUGCAGAGUCUCACGCCACAUGAUACUCUGCUUCCGGUGCUUUGUUGGAAUGGGGACCCAUGGACGUCCCAGUGUCUGCCCUAAGCCUUGCAGUAGAGGCCACGGGGUUUGGCCCAUCAGGACACAAUUACAAAAUCCAAAGGCAAACAUGAGGGCAUUGGCUCCAAAAACCUCUAUGAGCCAAGAUCUGUACUCCGGGUCUGUCUGUCAGGCUGUCUUUGCCAUCCAGCUCUGCUUGUGGCUCACCCCACAAGGACUGACUGCACUGGAGAAAUCGUCUAACCAGUUCAGCUAGACCUAUUUAUUUAUUUAUUAGCUAAGAACCAUUGCAUAGCUCUGGAUUGAAGCAGUUAAGGCAGCCUGACCCAGUUGGAAAGCCAGGUGGUCAAGGCUGUUGCUCUGAUUGGGUUUUUAAACCAAUUUAGCUGUGUCAACUUGAAACCACUUACCAAAUCUGCCCAGUGUAGACAGGCCCUUAAUGCCAGGCUGUGUAAGAUCCUUGCAGUUCAGUGAAUCAUUGAAGGCCAGAAUCCCACAUCAAGUGGAAAAACAAAGCAGAGGUCACAGCAUUAUAGUGGCUGAAUGCUUCAGUUUCCAUCAACUGUGGCCACUGCAGCAGUCAUUGUAGCUUCCUUGUAUACAGUUCAUCUGCAUGAGGUGCCCUGAGCAUAGGCAUCUUGAUCACAGAUUACAGCCUCCUUUGUCAAUCAACUUUUUAGACUAGACGAUAGAAUCAGGUGAGGUUGUUUGUAACUGACCCUAAGGGAAAGGAGUGAGUGUGGUAUAGUGGUUAGAUCACAAAAAUGGGAGAUGGGAAUUCUGGUAUUCACCUGGCUCUGCUGCUAACUCAGUGCCCCAAUGAGAUGGGGAAAAUCCUACUUGCCUACCUUGCAGAAAUGGCUAGGCUUAAUCCAUUUGCAUUUGUCUCUUGAGAUAAUCAGCUGGAAGGUACUACUGAAUGCAGCUUAUGGGUAUUAUAAGAAGGGUUGACUGUUCUUCAGAUAUGGAAUGGACAGCGUCUUCGGGCCCAAUUAAAUAACAUGGAUUAAUAUGUCUUGGGGAAACCUGACUGGAUGUAAGAAUGGUAAUGUGAUAGCCAGAAUGGAGCCAUGCUAAUUUACAUCAGCUGAGCAUCUGGCCUUUACUUUGCAAUUAACAUGCACAAGGCAGAAAUAGUAUUUUAAAAAGAAAUCUGCAAUAUGUAACCACUGCUCCUUCUGGAUGUACAGGUUGUUUGCAAUAGGUUCUCUAAGUCACCGUAAUGAGACCAGCAGGAUGUUCCACUCUAGCCUGAUGUUCACUUGUCCUUAGUCUCGUCCAUUCCUAACCAAUCAGAUGUAUAGCGUGUGAAAUCUCUUGCAUUCCUGCAACGUUCAGGGAGAUCAGAGCAAACUGUUGCCUAGGCUGCAAAUAGUGCUGAUGCUUUUGGGAACCUAAGGCUGUCUAUGGGCUUUUGUAGGACGUGUGUCCUGUUGUCCUCAAUGGACUUUGUGAGGCGUGUGACACUUUAAACUUGUGUUUUGUUGUUGUGCACUCACCAAACGGGGAGCUGUUGGCUUGAUUUGUUUUUAAAGCAGCCCCAUGAGUGCAGGUUAAUAACAAACUGAGGCCAUCGUACGGCACGUGAGCAGGAACUGGAAGAGGCACAGAGAAAAUUGGAGAGGGGGGCAGUCAUGGGGCUUGAGUCUGGUGGUGGUAGAAAAGGGUUUUUUGGGUUUAUUUUGUUUUUUUGUUUUUUGUUUUUGGAGAGUAGGGGAUGGGGAGUGGCUACAGAAGGGUUCUGAUGAUCAGUGGCACUUGGUACCUGCCAUUCCCAUUAACUCCGCCUAAGGUUGAAGGUUCAGCACUAGGGCUGGUCAGAAUGGGCUUUUUGCCCAUGCAAAAUUUAGACCUUUUUAGGGGAAAACCCAAAAUAUGUUGGUUUGCAAAUGGUGCCUCAUGGAAGUCCUAGUUUGAGUGCCUCGUGCUCCUGUUGUCCUGAGGAGACUGGGCGUCUUGGUCACGCGGCACUCCCUGAGAGGCACAGCAGUCUCUCCUCAUGGUGAGGAGAUUUGGGUGCAUCAUGGGAGCCCUGGGCCAGGGUGCAUCAUGGGAGAUGUAGUAUGGCUGAAGAGCCUGACUCACAGGGGAGAAGGGGGACAUGAGGAAAUCAAACUACAGCUCCAUGAGGCACCAUGGCAGCAUACCCAAACUGAAAUGUUUUCUUCUUUGGAUGAAAUAGUUAGAUUUGAGGGCAUUUUAUUUUAUUUUUUUACAAAAUGAUUAAAUUUUCCAUGGACACUUCAUGAAAAACUUUUGUUUUUGUGGUUUUUGGGUGGGUUGUGUUGUGUGUGUUUUUUUUCAUCAAAAAAAAAAACAACUUUUGACCAGCCCUAUUCAGCCUCUCUGAAAGUGAGGCCCAUAGAAGCUGGGGGAGUCCAUGAAAGCUUCUGAUGGAAAGAGGGGAGUAGUGCAUACAAGGGUGCAGGGAGAGAGAAGUAAAGUGGGAGGAUUGUGUGGAAGGGAUGUGAUGGGGGUUGGCAGAGAGAAUGAGGAGGGAGUAUGUAACGUGGCACAGGGGAGCGGAAACAAGAGGGGAUCUGCAGAAGAGACUCUGCACAGGGCGGAGGAGGCCUGGCUAUACUGCAAAUACCAGACAUGGUGGGGGGGGGGAGAAAGUAUAGAAGGGACUAAAAAGACCUGACUGUGAAGAAGCCUUUGCUAUAGCACCCCAGGGUUUGAUCCUGCCAACGCUGGGGCGUGGUAAAGCUUGCGUUGACUGGUCCAGGCUUGAGGGUCAGAUGCCCUGUGUUAUGGGUUCUUUCCUGCUCCUGGAUGUUUUGCCUUUGGUUUCUGUAGGUGCAGGAACAGGCCCUUUAUCUUCCAUCAGACAGUAUAGUACCCAUUUACCACACUGACACGAGCUCUGCAGGCAAAACAGGAAUGGAGUGGAGGCCCAAUGCUGUUUCAGUGAGCACAGCUUCCACAUGAGGGGGAGACCUCUAGGAAGCUCUACUUUGGUGCUGAUUGAUCCUAGGGACCGGAGCCUGACAGGAAGCAACAAGGGCAGGUACAAAGGCUUUCACCAAAUGGACCCCUCAAAGGAUAAUCGGUCUUCCCUUUGCACGUGUGUGGGGGAAGCAGGCUGGCACAAGAGAAGGGAAAGUUUUCCUGUACAACUUUAGCAUGGGGUGAGCUAUGCUAUCAAUGUAGGUUUGUGUGCAGCGGAAGACCUUUUUCCUUGAGUUACUCUUACGCCAUAAUCUACUAUGAAUAUUUCGGGUCUCACUGAUAGAUGGUCUCACCCACGAGCGAGAGGGUCUGGAUUUCUAUUCAGUGUAUUGCUAGCUUACAUGGACUGUGUAUUCUGUGCCACAAUUGACUGUUACCUACGCUCAUCCCUGACUGAGCCUGGAGUCCGCUGUUGGAAUCCACCACAUCACAGAAAGGAGCGUGUGUGUGUGUGUGUGUGUGUGUGUGUGUGUGUGUGUGUGUGUGUGUGUGUGUGUGUUUUGGAUUCACUUUUCUCCUCCUACAGCUUGAUUCUCCCUAACUCAUACUUUGGUGUGGAAGGGGGCCCGCUCUUCUCCCAUUUUCAUGGCUUUUGGGGACCAUGUUGAGCCACAGGAGAAGGUGACUAACAUGAUACCUGGAAUGAUACCCUGGGCUCCGUGAGCUUUCCACCCUGCAGGCUUGGCCUCCACUAAGGUGACAGUAAAAAUUGAGCUCCAAAGCUGCCUUUGAGGAAUGCUGUGGGUAAACAAGGGACUCCAUCCUCCAGAGCUGUUAACCCGGCAUCUGGCCCCAGAAGAAUUUACUAAGCCAGGCACAAAAUGCGUUCUGGUUCAGAGUAGAUUUGAUUUCUCUCAGGAACGGGAGCAGACUCCCGUUUCCAUGGAAACAGGACUUCACUCCCUCCUAGCCUACUGUAUGUGCCGUGCACUAAGUUCGUUGAGGCAAGCCCCUUUGUUUCCUAAGAAUCAGGGACUGCAACAAAAUGUCCUGUACCUUGUGUGUGCGGUUGUGCCUGAGGGACAGCAGAAGUGCUGCUGCCCUUGGUAUCUGGAGCAAAUAUUUUGAAUGAGGGUGUGCGAAGCAGGCCGGGAUACUUGGAGUCCUCUUUUCCCCCAAACCCUUCAUGCUAAAUGUGCUCCAUUUUCUGACAGGCUGUCCAAGAGUGUCUAUGCUUCUGAUCUGGAGCGCAAGCCCUCUGGAGAGACACUGCUCCCUCUGGACAGUUCAGUUUGUUUAGAGUCAGCCUCUGGCUGCUCUAGAGUUGCAAUUCUGGAAGGGAAGCAGGGAGUCCUGAGGCUAUCAUUUAAAGGCGCAACUGUGUCACAGCCUUUUCUGGAGACUAAAUAUCUGUGGGUCUUUAAUUUCUUCAGAGAAGAAAUUUGUUCCCACACAAACCUGGCCCUGUCACACUCUUCGUUCCUGGAUCCUACAAACACUGGAAAAUGCCCAUUGAUGAAGGUACAAUUAAAGAAAACCACUGUCACACAAAGCCAGUAGUUUGUGUGUCCCUGUUUCUGUGUGGUCACCUUCCCUGAAAAGUGCUAGACAUCCCACCGUUGCUUCGGACAGUUUGGGAGAAAAGGGGUGGUCUGAGCAUUGGCCCAAGAACCAGGAAUUUAUCAACUGUAAUCUCAGCUCUGACACUUCCCACCCUUGGUGAUCUUGGUCAGGUCACUUAAACUUGCUGCCUCCCCUUUCCCAUUGGUAAAAUAGAUCAUUUCUCCUACCUCACAGGAUGUUGAGACUGAAUUAGUUUCUGUUUAGAAAGUGCUGCCUACAAGCGCUAAGUGUUGCUGUUCCUAGACUAGACUGAGAAGAGGCAGGCGUGGGAUUUACUAUAGUGGAGCGAUCCGUAAAAAGCUGGAAAAACAUGACUGUUCUUGACAAAAACUAGACACCCAGCAAAUCAGGAAUAGGCCGGAUGGUGACUUGGGUGCAGGGCACAAAUUGGGAGGCUUCAUCCAAAGCCUGCUGCAGUCCCUGGAGAGACUCCCACCGAUGACAAUGGGCUUUGGAUCAAACCCAUGUGGGAGAAAGGAAGGGAUAUUUUCCUUGCUGAAAUAAAAGUAAUGACAUGAGCAAAUCCAAGGAGAGGAUGUGCCAGACAAGCGUGCCUUUGGUUAGACACUUUUCCUUUGGCCCUGCUUGUGCCUGGAGGGCUCUCCUAUCCCUUGCAGUGAUCCAAGCACAUGGCACACAUCCACUUCAUGCACGUUAGAUGCAUCCAAUGAACGGGAGGUGUAGGUAUGUGCAAGGGCAGAAUUGGCCGGCUGUGUGUGGGUACAACCUGCGUGCAGGUUUUGUGCAUGUGUCAGGGUUUGCACAGCUCUGCACUGUAUUUACUCUGUGUCUGUGCGUGUGUGUGUGUGUGUGUGUGUGUGUGUGAGAUGUCUUCUCUUUUUGUUCUAUGACAUUCCCCGCCCCUUGGAAGGGAAAGCUGAACACGUGAUCCUUCCAAAGCCCAUUGAAGUCCAUGAGAGUCCUUCCAUUGUCUUGACUGGGCAUUGGACAGCACCAAGGGGACUAGCAGCAUAAAAUCCCCCUUCUGUUUGCAUCACCUAUCUUUCCUCCCCAAACGUGGCCCUCUGUAUGGUGUCCCAGUUCUUACAGUGAUGAAGUGAAUGAUCCCUGCUGUACAGUGCUAUGUUGGUGUCUGUGGUUUGAUGUCUGAAAUUCUAUCUGCUGCUCCUGAGGCAUUAAGGGAGCAAAGCUAUGAAAUCAGGCUUCUUUGUCGUUACCCAAUUUGCUAAUAUUUGCUGUUCUAUGCUAGGUACUUGUCAAGUCUUGGCAUUCCCAAUGCUGGCAUGAUUCUGUGCUGUUCUGAGUGUGCCCUGGGACCUACUAAUGAAAUGCUCAUCUUCUCAUUUCCAGUUCUCUUUAUUUUCUUGAUGUAGUUCUUGAGCAGUAGCUAAUCAGGAACAUGGAAAAGACCAAUAGAUCCCCGUGUAACCUAUCCCAUUCAGCAACACUAAUCUCGGUUAACAGUGUU